GCUCUCUGCGGUCAUGUGACUCAGACGCUUGGUGUCAUGGCGGCGCACAGGGCUGGAUCUGGCAUCACGUUUGUUGCCCUGCUAUUUGCCCUGUGUAUGUGCCCCAGGGCGGGCCACGGGCAUUAUAACGAGCAUACGGCAGAACAUUUCUUUAGAAGUGGACACACAAACAACUGGGCAGUUUUAGUUUGCACGUCCCGUUUCUGGUUCAAUUACCGCCAUGUGGCGAAUACUCUGUCCAUGUACCGAAGUGUUAAAAGACUUGGGAUUCCAGACAGCCACAUUGUCCUGAUGCUCGCUGAUGACAUGGCUUGUAACCCUCGGAACCCCAAACCAGCCACUGUAUUUAGCCACAAAAAUAUGGAGCUCAACGUCUAUGGUGAUGAUGUCGAAGUUGAUUACAGGGGUUAUGAGGUUACUGUUGAAAAUUUUCUUCGUAUUUUGACGGGCAGGAUUCCGCCUAGCACGCCUCGAUUAAAACGUCUGCUGUCUGAUGACAGGAGUAAUAUUCUCAUUUACAUGACGGGUCACGGUGGAAACGGUUUCCUCAAAUUUCAGGACUCUGAGGAAAUCACCAACGUGGAGCUCGCAGAUGCUUUUGAGCAAAUGUGGCAGAAAAGGAGAUAUAAUGAACUAUUGUUUAUCAUUGACACCUGUCAAGGAGCCUCUAUGUAUGAGCGGUUUUACUCCCCAAACAUCAUGGCGCUCGCCAGUAGUCAGAUCGGCGAAGACUCUCUUUCGCACCAGCCGGAUUUGGGAGUGGGAGUCCACCUCAUGGACAGAUACACAUUCUAUGUGUUGGAGUUUCUAGAGGAGAUCCAUCCUGCGAGCCAGAACAACAUGAAUGACCUGUUCCAGGUUUGUCCGAAAAGCUUGUGCGUGUCUACCCCCGGACAUCGGACCGAUCUCUUCCAAAGAGCUCCACACACAGUCCUCAUUACAGAUUUCUUUGGCAGUGUUCGAAAAGUAGAACUCACAAAAUAUCCCAUUACCUUAGGGACACAUAAAGAACAAGCACAGAAAAGGUUUUCUGCCGAUGAUGCCGUGAUGGGCGCAGUAACGUAUGCAAACCAGCUUCCUGUAUCGGAAAUUAUACACCAGAAACCAAAACUGAAAGAAUGGCACCCUCCCGGGGGAUUUAUUAUUGGAUUGUGGGCAUUGAUUCUUUUGAUUUUCUUCAAAACGUAUGGCCUGAAGCACAUGAAACAUGUUUUUUAAGCACUGAGAUUUAUGACACAACUUCUGUACUACUGACGGCGGGAAUUGUUCUGUGCCGAUGGCGCGAGGAAUAUCACCCGUCUUAACAGAUGUUCAGAUGCCACUGUUUGUUUCGACAAAUCGGACUUAUAUCAUACUGAAAUCUGUAAUAACAGCCAAUAAAACCUAUUUAAGGCUA